AUGCAAUUCUCUACUUUAGCCACUAUCGCUUCCGUCGCUGCCGUUGCCAACGCUCGCUACAACUCUACUACCACUUCCACCGCCACCGAAAACCAAACCACUUUAAUCACCAUCACUUCCUGUAAAGACAACGCCUGUAAGGAAACCGUCUCUCCAGCUUUAGUCUCCACUGCCACCGUCACCAUCAACAACGUCGUCACUCAGUACACUACCUGGUGUCCACUUACUGCUGAAGCUUACGCUGUCUCUCACGCUUACGCUCACAACACCACCCACGCCCCAGUUACUCACGCUACCUCCACCAAGACCACUGAAUCCUCUACUGCUAAGGUUUCUUCUUACACUGGUGCUGCCGCUCAAGUCCUUCCAGCUGCUGGUGCUUUAGUCGCUGGUGUUGCCGCUUUAUUAUUAUAG